AACAUGUGGCAGAAAACGAGCAUGUUGGAGUGCGCGCCUUUUCUUCUCUCUCCUGUAAAACUUAGUAGGGCGUAGCAGUGCGGUGGUGUAUCGAGUCUCGCUAGUCUUUAGUUCAGUGCCAUGGCGAGUAAACUUGGAUACAAAUCUUGGACGUUGGAUGAAAAGCUCCAAAUGAUAAGAGAAUUUGAGCAAUCUGGAAUGUCUAAGGCUGCUUUUGCAAAACGGAAAGGAGUCCCUCGCACAACGUUCAUUGCCAUUUUGUCCUUAAAAGAUAAAAUUGAAAGUUCUUUAGGUGUUCAGGAUGGCGAGAAGAGAAAGAGAAUGCGUGUUUCGACCUUCGAAGACGUUGAAAAUGCUCUUGUUAAAUGGUUUAGAAUGGCCCGAGCCCAAAACAUUCCAAUUUCAGGACUUAUCCUGAAAGAGAAAGCUUUGCAAUUUGCAAAUGAACUGGGUGUUUCGGAGCUCUCGGCGAGCAACGGCUGGUUUGAACGGUUCAAAGAGAGACAUGGACUUUCCUUCAAAAAGAUGUGCGGAGAAGCAAAAUGGUCUCUUAAAAGAUGUUCUCCAGCGCUAUAACCC